UGGCCGGAGCCCCGCCCCUCUGCAGGGGGCACUCGCGGGCCGCCGGUCUUUAGUCUGCGGACUGCGGCAUGGACCGGGCGGGCGUGGGUGGCGGCGGCGAGGCUGCGUGGAGGAAGCUGUCUGCGGAGGAGCUGGAGAACCAGUAUGCGCCCAGCAGAUGGGUCAUCCGAAUGGGAGCAGAGGAAGCCCUGAGGACCUAUAAGCAGAUAGGAAUUGAGGCCACUAGGAAAGCCCGUGACACCUGCAGGAACCAGCUGCAUGUCCCCUAUGGAGAUGGUGACGGGGAGAAAAUGGACAUCUACUUUCCUGACCAGGCAUCUGAAGCCUUGCCUUUCUUCGUGUUUUUUCACGGAGGGUACUGGCAGAGUGGAAGUAAAGACGAAUCUGCCUUCAUGGUCAACCCCCUGACAGCACAGGGAGUGGCUGUGGUGAUAGUGGCAUAUGACAUUGCCCCCAAAGGCACUCUGGACCAGAUGGUAGACCAGGUGGCYCGCAGCGUUGCCUUUGUUGAGAAGCGGUUUCCAAGCAAUAAGGGAAUUUACCUGUGUGGACACUCUGCUGGGGCCCACCUGGCUGCCAUGGUCCUCCUGACCAACUGGACCAAGCACGGAGUAACACCCAACCUUAGAGGCUUCUUCUUGGUGAGUGGGGUCUAUGACCUGCAGCCCCUCGUGUUCACCUCACAGAAUGCUCCUCUCCUCAUGACCCUGGAAGAUGCUCAGAGGAACAGCCCUCAGCGGCACCUGGAGGUGGCYGGGACACAGCCUGUGGAUCCAGCCUGCCCUGUGCUGGUGGCUGUGGGUCAGCAUGACUCCCCCGAAUUCCACCGCCAGUCCAGGGAGUUUCAACAGGCACUGUGCCGUGGUGGCUGGAGAGCCUCCUUUGAAGAACUGCGUGAUGUGGACCACUUUGAAAUCAUUGAGAACCUAACCCAGAAGGACGAUGCACUCACCCAGAUCAUUCUGAAAACCRUCUUGCAGGAGUUCUGACCACAUCUGGCCCCACCCGCAGAGAGCCCCUGGAGCCAUGCUGUCUGCCUGCCGAGGCCCCUCCCUCCUCRCUGCUGAUAACACUGGCAAAACCCUCCAGGUCCUCCAGCCACCCAGCCUACAUUAAGCCCCAGGGAAGUCCCCAGGUCAGUGCUGAGAUACCCACAGCCACCUUGUAGCCAAGUCUGGCCCCUUACUUGCUGCAGGAUAUGACAAAAAUGACUUGCCUCUGGCUCACKGUUUUGUACAGCUUGUGACAAUUGUGAGUAUCAAAUUGGGAUAACUGGGACCAGGCGUGUGGCUUAGCUGUAGAGCACCUGCCUGGCAUGGAUGGGCAAGACCCUGGGUCCCACCCUCAGCACUUCACAAACAGAAACCAGAGUCACUAGGAAGGAACCCUCCCACACAUGUGCCUCCAAGGCCACUGUGAGGAAUCUCUCAAACUGCAUCCUGCACAGGACACCUGUGACACGUGCCCACCACUGAGCAACCUAGCUCCUACAACAAGCCCUGUGGCCUGGGUGCCUCUUUCAGAACAGUCUAUGCAGACCCGUCCUUUCUUACUUUUAAAUGCCCCCUCACCUGAUUCAUCUCCAAAUCCUAAAAUGUGACCUGAAAAGUAGCCUCAACCAGAACCACUGGUGCCAAGAUGGAGUGGUUUCUCUCGCCACUGCUUAGUCACUGGACUUUGCUGCAGAAUUAAGAAAUUUCUUGGGGCUGGGGAUGUAGCUUGGUUGAUAGAACGCUUGCUUGCCUCACAUGCACAAGGCCCUGGGUUCAA